AUGGAUCGUCAAAGAGAUGAUUCGGCGGAGCGCAGUCGCAAUAGGGAUUCAAGGGAAUCUUGGCGAGAGGCUACUAGCAUGCCCCUCCCCCUUUCACCCCCACCUGCAACCCGCCAAAAUCCCCCAGGAACAGCAGCAACAACCACAGCAAGCACCACCACCACCACCACCACUCCAGCCCCUCCACAACCCCGGCUCUCUCACCAUCAUCAACACCCCAUCCCCCCACCAAUCCACCCGCCCUUCCACCCCUACACCCCCCAACUCCACCCCCCCGUCUCCACACCGGAAAACCUCUUCAACAGAAGAAACCUCCCACCCUUCACACCUCUCCCCAUCGCUGAUCUCUACCAGCCGGGAGGAACCUCCUACGCUCCACAAUCAGGAAUAUCCGGUGGUUCAACCCUGGGAGCCGGAGUAGGAGCUUCUCAUACCAUUCCCGUUGGCGGUGCUGGCGAUAUGCACGCAUCCGGCACAUCUUCCAAUGCGGGAUUUCCCAGCGCCAAAGGAAGAUAUACUCUCCCAAAACGAGAAUCCAACGGCAAAGCAUCGGCGACCGCUUCGAAGCCGUAUGUCGUCAAACCCAAGUCCAAAUCUUCAGGCGUCAAAUCCUCCCGAGUUUCCAAGUCCAAGAAAGCCUCGGAGUCCUCCGGCACAGCAACACCCGCUGCAGAGGAUCUCAAUACAUAUGUGGAUACCAUCAUCGACACCCUGACUGGCACAAUUGCCGAUCUUAAUGGUGUCGCGCAGGGUAUUCGUAAUGUACGAAUUGAGGAGGAGCGGAGAAUACAAGCAAGAGCGGCUGCUGCUGCUGCUGCUGGUGAAAGAGGAGAUCUUGCGGAUGAGGAAGAAGAAGAGGAAGAAGAAGAAAAUUGA